AUGAGUUCCCAUACAGAUGAAGUGGUUAGCUACUAUAUAUACAAGCCCAGCCAUGUAUUACCCGCGGUGUUCGCAGCAAUUGUCGGCGUUUCAAUGUUGUUGCAUGUCUUCCAAAACUUUCAAUACAAAUUCUGGAGAGUCACCUUCUUUAUCGCAUGGGGUGGAGUCCUUUUCACAACAGGCUGGAUUCUCAGAUGUAUCUCCAGCUACCACCCCGGCAACAUGAACCUCUAUAUCGCCCAAUCAGUCUUCAUUUACUUAGCACCACCCGUCUACUCAGCCGCCGCAUACAACAUUGUCGGUCGACUCAUGAACUAUGCCCCCAUGCACGCCGUCCUCAAUCCCAAUCGUGUCCUGAUAUUCUUUGUCUACGUUGGCGCCGCCGUUGAAGGCAUCACAGUCGCAGGCGCAGCGAAGAAUGCCGCAGCAGGCACAGAUCUAAGCCAAUACAAAUCCGGCGGGGUCCUCAUCGCUGCAGGGCUCGUUCUACAGGCUGUAGUAGAAUGUGUCCUUGUCGGGAUUGUCGCAACCUUUCACAAACGGGCAUCACGGGCCGGAAAAGUUCCACCCAAUAUUCGGACUGUCUGCCUUACCCUGUACGGUACUUCGACUUUCGUCUUGCUGCGCUGUAUUUGCCGUGCUAUCGAGGCAUUUGAGAUGUUUGGGAACCUGGGCUGUCGCGAGAAUUGUGGACCUAUUCUCAGCAAUGAAUGGUACCUAUAUGCGUUUGAGCUGGGGCCAAUGUUGAUCUUUACGUACUGGCUUAACAUCUUGCAUCCUGGCCGGUUUUUGCCAAGGGAGAAGAUCCGGUAUCUUGAUACUGACCAGUCUACUGAACGGUAUGGGCCUGGUUGGAUUGAUCGUCGGUCCAGGUGGGAGACUUUUGUUGAUCCGCUUGACAUUGAGGGUAUGAUCAAAGGCCAUCCUUCUCAUGAUUCGUACUGGUUGAGACCUGAGGAGUGGCCGGUCUGUCAAGAUGGCAGUUUUGCGGAGGGAACUGCUUCAAACAAAAGGACAAGGACCGAGAGUAGAACACAUGCCGUCAAAUUUGCUGGAGUCUAG